AUGAACAUAGCUCAAGGCCUCGUAAGAGGCAGCCUGCAUUCGCUAGAAGCGGUUUGCAAGGCAGUUUGCCACUUUGUGUGGAAGCCGGCCGCCGUCGCCACCGCCGCUACUCUUGAAACGAAGAUUACCUGUCACCCACAAAAUCUUCUCCCCGAAAAACGAACUAGAUUCGAGAGUCUUUUCUCCCUCCUGGAUUGGAUCACCGGAGGAAGCCGCCGCGGCUGUGAUGCGGAUGAAGUGAUAGCCAAGGAGAAAACAGUAGUGGAAGCGAAGCCUCCUCCUCCUCAUCCGGACGACUUUCAUGUGUGCGGUCCUCGCAAUGUGGCUCGCCCCAAUUGGAGAGAUCUCAUCAGAUCAAGUUGGAAGGACGACAAGUACAAGAGAAGCGUAAUUGCAUGCUUCACACACGCAAUGUACUUGCUUGAGAUGGACAGACAGGAGAAGAGAGAAGCAGCCUUAGCUGUUGCUCCGAAAUGGUGGGAGCCCUUCAAGUAUAAGCUCACCAAGACCCUUGUAGACGAAAGGGAUGGAUCCAUUUUCGGCGCCAUUCUGGAAUGGGAUCAAUCUGCAGCACUUGGUGAUUUUGUUGUCAUGAAACCAAGUGGCGCAUCGAGGGCGGUUUUAGCCCUGAGAGGCACAUUGCUCAAGUUUCCGACGAUUAGGAGCGACAUUGAAGAUGACAUUCGUUACGUUACGUGGGAGAGCUUGAAGGGUUCUGUUAGGUUUGGAGUGACUUUGGAGGCUUUGAAAUCAGUGGCAGAAAAGUAUGGAAGUGAAAAUGUGUGCAUUGCAGGUCAUUCAUUAGGAGCUGGUUUUGCUCUACAAGUUGGAAAAGCAUUAGCUAAACAAGGGAUGUAUGUAGAAACUCAUCUGUUCAAUCCGCCUUCGAUUUCACUAGCACCAACCUUGAGGUAUAUUAGAAAGAAAGCAGGAUUUGUUUGGGACAGGUUUAUGUCAGUGCUUCAUUUGAAGAUUGAUCAGAGUCAUGUUAAACACAGUGAGGUAAUAGUUGGGGAUGAUAAGAAGACUAUUGAUUUUUUUGGGUUCAAGAAUUGGAUACCAAACUUUUCGGGUUUAAUGAAUCGCAGCACGGGUUUGGUAAAAUGGUUGCCUCAUCUGUAUGUGAAUAAAAGUGACUACAUCUGUUGCUUCUAUGCUGACCUUGACGAGGUAACAGAAGGAAAUGAUGCUGGUGAGAAGAAGAAUGUGUGUCGGAGAACAAAUGGGCAAGUUGCAGCGAAGCUGUUUGUGAUGUCAAAGCAAAAUCAAAGGUUUCUAGAAGCACAUAGCUUACAGCAAUGGUGGUCUGCAGAUUUGGAGCUUCAGAUGGCUCUCCACAACAGUAAGCUUGUCAGAAGGCAGCUGAGAUCCUUGUAUAGCCUUGCAGGUCCUCAACAUAUACUUGCUAGAUAA